AUGCUCGCGCCGUACUUCUCCUCGGUGGCUUGGACGCCCGAGGUGAAGGCCGCGAUGUUCACCGAGAUGGACAAGGACGCGGGCGGAUCGGUGUGCGCCGACGAGUUCUACGAGUGGAUGAUUGAGAGCGCGCAGCUCGAGGUGUCGGCGGAGGGCGUCACGAAGAUGCGCCAGCGCGAGGAGCGGUUGAAGAUCUCCACCGGCGACGUGCCGGCGCACCUGAUGGAGAUCAUCGAGGAGUCGGGCGCGAAGACGAUCGAGCAGAAGGUGACGCACGCGCUCCACUCGGGCUUCGACCGCACGAUCGCCGACCACUUCAUCUCGUGCUACCUCCUCCUGAAGGAGUGGGGAUGCCAGGAAGACGUCUGCGUCGCGGGCCUCCUCCACGCGUCGUACCGCCGCGGCGACGGCCUCCAGGCGGUGAAGCCGGCGGAGAUGCGGCCGGUGUGGCAGAAGAAGCUCGGCGCCGGCGCUGAGGAGCUCAUCUACCUCUUCCCCUCGGCGCACAAGACGGCGUACGCGUCGGACGGGCUGCUCCACGCGCCGCUCGGCUCGACGAUCUCCUUCCCCGACCUCCUCGACGACGGGAAGACGAUCACGAUCGACGACGCGCAGCGCGCGGCGCUCGCCGAGCUCGAGGUCGUCAACAGCCACGACCAAAACUUCCUCUGCAACGACGACCCGGUGCAGAACCUGUGGCAGUUCUAUCAGCACGUGACGAUCAUGCCGCUGCUCUCGGCGGGCGCGGCGGCGACGAUCAAGACCUUCCAGCAACGGGCCUUCUGCGCGGGCGUGGACUGCUCCGACAUCGUCAAGUGGCACGAGGGGCGCUUCGGCGAGGCGGGGCCCGACGCCAAGUGGCAGAAGCACAUCGAGAUGUUCAAGCCGGGCGGCCGGUACUACGACAUCGAGAAGAUUUUGCUGUCGUUCGUCGACGAGGACGGCUACACGGGCGACGGGUGCGACGCGUUGCCGUCCUACGAGAAGAAGUAGGGGUGCGUCUCGCAUCACGGGUGGGAGUGGGCAGGGAGGCGUCGGCGACAUGUUACGGCGGAAUAGCGAAUACGGCGGAGUGGGCAGGGCCAGCAUGUGGUGACGCCUCUAGGGAUGCUCAACCGCCCCACGCCACGCCGCUUGCGGCGGUCCUUGGUGUCUGCUGUCUGGGGAGUGAUCUGUCGGCGGUCAGUACGACCGAUCAGGUUGGAGUUUUCUGAUGGUUGGAGGGUCUAUCUGUGUGUACUCCUCGAGAUCUCUCCAAAUCUGCCCUCUA